CGUGCAGUAAGGCCAUCGCCCGUCAGAUGGGGACAGGCAGACAAGACAGUUUUGUGUCAACACAACUUUUUGGCCAAUCGAUCAGAGAAUUGCCAACCUAUCGCCAAUGGACACACAUCUCACCCGCCACCACCCACGGCACACGUGCGUCAGAAUCCGGCCGAGAAGUAGCCAGCAGUGAUCUGUCUCCACUGAUAAAUGUCAAUGUGCUCUGGCUUGCCAAUGAGCGGCCCUGUGCCCGGUGCCUCUGGCGGCUCGUACAUGAGCUCAUGAGGCUCCCAGUACAAUCGGUCAAUCGGCUGCUGCUGCUGCUGCCCCCCGGACCGCCCCAGCUGCCGUGAUUCGUUCCUCAGCAUUUGGAUGGCAUACUCGUGGGCCUGGAGCAACUGCACUUCACGAGCCUGCACUCCAUGGCCACACACGCACACCAGCGUGUUGAUGAUGCGUGUGUUUCGCUUACGCAUUCGUCCCACGCCUCGCAUAUCAGCGCGUGCAUCUCCUGCUUGUGGUGGAGCAGCGCCACGUCUGGUGUGCGGUCGUCUAUCUCAUCCAAACGGAGUGACCGCUCAAAGAAGGCCCUGAAAGACUGCAAAUGACAACCAACACACACACACCGAGACAACAUCCAGACACACGACACAGACGUGUGUCUCGCACGCACCCUCUCGUCGACCACUCUGGCCUCUGCGUCCUGCGACAGGAGUGAUCCGCUGCUGUUUGCUGGGUGCUGCUGUGAGCGUGCCAUGGCCUCAAAGACGCGGUCCUGCAUCGCAUACUCUCGCCCGCACCUGUCAAUCAGCACCAGAAGCAGAGUCCCCAGUGCUGAUCGAUCGACAGACAAAGACAGAGAGACAGAGAGACGGACAGACAGACAGACAGACAGACAGAGGAGACAUGAAUGGAAUAAAAGCAGAGAUGGUGAGACGCACGGUGCAAAGCGCGCACGAUGGAAGAUGUUGGCAGUGACAGUGUGCCACGUCUCGAAUCCAAACUCGUGUGACCCCUGAGAUCAUGAUCAUACACACGACACACAAUGCUAUGCUCGGUGGUGAGACACGUGUUGAUGUGUCACAUCAGUCAGUCGUCUCUUACGAUUUCGGCCCACGAUUUGUCGAUGAGUUCGUGUAUCUCCCUGUACUUGGCAUCGUUGCAGUGGGACGACUUCCAGUGCUCUAUCGGGUCAGUCGGGCACAGCACCUCCAUGAGAUAACCAAAGAACGACUGCAAAGAAACAAGGAGGAAACAGACACAGAAGCACCUUACGUGUCUCUUUCCUCCGCGUUUGGUGCAGCAGCGAGUACGUACGUCAUAUGUGGCGUGGUCAUGUACGCCAGAGACGAUCAUGCCUCUGAAGACGUCCUCGCUGCUGCACACGCUGCGGCCGCCAAGACACGCUAUCACACGAAUGAGGAGCUGCUUCAGAUAGAUGUGCGGCUGCAUCCCGCCCAACGGCAAAGGAAUAGCCCCGGGACCACCGUGUCUGAUCCGCCUGAGCGACGUGGCGUGUCCCUGGUGAAAGUGGUGUCUCAUGGCUGCCCAGUAUGCGGUGGUGUCGGUGAGGACGGCCGGCAGAUGACCCGUGAGGGGGAAGGUGCUCAGCCUCGUGGCAGCCACUCGAGCUGCGGCCUCGGAGCUGGUGUUGCCUUGAGUGUAGGAGGGUGCCAGUGGAGGGCCUGAACAAUCACAAAAAGGAGGCUCUUCAAUUCCCGCCCCGUCCUGGCGGCAUCUCUCCCUCAUCUCUCCCUCCUUCAUAGCUGUCUUACUCCUGCUGUUGUGCCGUCGAAGUUCGACUCUCAUCCUUCGGUUACCCAUAUCGCGGGCAUGCGAGUGCAGGUGAGUGACCCUCAUGGCUGCAAACAAACAUGAGCAUAUCCACAAGCGGCUGCGCUGCUGAUGCAGGGCAAUAGAUGGAAGGCUUAGCUUGGUCUGGUCUCACCCUUCGAUGAAAGCGAGGGAAUGCGGGGGCGGUCGUGGGUGCUGGUUCGUGAGGCUGUUGCUCCCAGGAGGCAAUAGAGGGCCACGAGAAACCGCAUGGCGACUCGGAGACUGGGGG